AUGAAGAUUAAUGGCAUGCGACCUGGCGAGAAGAACAAGCGAGGGAACAUCGUCACCGCUCGAAUCGUGCCUUUGCUCCUCCUCGGUAUCAUAGGCUACUCCUCAUACGUCGUUACCAAGAAGAUAUGCUUAGACUACCUCAUCCACCCUCAGCCAUCGCUGUUCGUCCGCCAUCAUACCGGCACGGCUAUCGCUAUUCUCACAAUAUACUACCUCCUCCUACUUAUCGCUCUGACAUGUCUCACCCGCCUGAUUCAGACCAUCACGACCAACCCAGGCCUCGUGCCUCGUGGAGCGCAAUACUUCAUUGAAAAAGAGCGCACGCGCCAAAACGCGAGUACACCAAGUCAUAAAGAGGAACCGCUGGAACACGAGUCCACAGAAGGCUACACACCUCGCAGACACCGUCUAAAGCAUGACUCAGGAUAUCCUGCCCAGAAUUUCUGGCGCAAGGACAUCUUCAUCUGCGGCUGGGACGGCCGGCCCCCAUUCUGCAGCACAUGCUACAACUAUAAGCCGGACCGGGCGCAUCACUGCAGCGAACUGGGUCGGUGCGUGCUCAAGAUGGAUCACUUCUGCCCGUGGGUCGGCGGCAUCGUUUCAGAAACCUCAUUCAAAUAUUUCAUCCAAUUCACGUUCUGGGCCGCCCUGUUCUGCCUGCAUACGCUGGUCGUCGUGAGCUAUUACUUCGCACAGCGCAGGCAACGCGAGAGUGGCGGCUUUUUCAACGUCCAUUGGAUUCUCGUAUUGAUUUUUGCGGCCUUGUUCUUCGUCUUCAGCGCGGGCAUGUGCGGGAGCAGUUUGCAGUUUGCCUUUCUGAACUCGAGUACCAUUGAAAACUUCACACGGAAAACCAAGGUGUGGUAUCUCGCUGUGUAUGUGCCGAAAACGGUGCUGGACCGGUAUCAAAGCUCAGGACGGAGUGAUUGGAGAUUGAUUAGCUACCCGAGGCCCGCUAGCGAGCAGUUUGAAAUCCUGGAACAGAAUGGCGCGAGGCUGAGUGAUAGUCAGAGGACCAUGACGAGCCCAGGCACAGAGCCAAGUGCGCCACAAGCAGUAUACGAUCCGCAAAGGUCGCAGUUCCCACCGCAUCCAGCCAUCGCGCGCGAAGGAAUACCGUCGACAACUGAGCAACAAGGCGCUGCAUCAUCGCCGUCUUCGACUCCGACAGCGAUCCCAUCAGAGGAGGCAAGGACAUUUGUAAUUCUCGAAACUCCUCCCGGCGCUAAUCCGUUCGAUAUUGGGCCCCUCGGUAAUUUCAAAGAAGUCAUGGGGUACACCGUGUUUGACUGGCUUUUUCCACUGCUUGCCUCACCCUCGGUCGAUCACAGUGAUCCGAGGAGUAUGUACAAAAUGGGUCCUGUGGUGGACAGGUUGGCCCGAGAGGCCGGGCUAAGCAUUCCUAGCGAAGACAUGGACCGCUCUUGGUGUCCGAACCGGGAACCAGAGAGCGAGAGGGAAGAUGUAAAUGAAAACGAGAAGGAAGGGAACAUAACCAGGACAGGCAGGCAUAAAAGGAAGAGGAGGCGGCGGAGGUCGACUGCUUUUGCCGAGGAGGAAGGCAUCGGGACGACUGGGGACAGCGACCAGGCUGGGAGCCGGUGA